AUGGAUGCGCUAAACGCGACCUCUUUCGCGUCCUUCAACCAAACCAAGGAUUACUUUGUCGUCCUUGAGGAGGUUUCCAAGUACAAUGUCCAGCUCAACAUGGUCGAGAAACUUUGGGCCGCCUGGUACCUUUGGAUGCAGAACGACACCCUCGCGACCGGUAUCAUGAGUUUUGUUCUCCACGAACUUGUCUACUUCGGCCGCUGCAUUCCCUUCAUGCUGAUGGAUUUCAUCCCUUACUUCCAGCAAUUCCGAAUCCAGAAGCAAAAGAUUCCCACCAUCAAGGAGCAAUGGGACUGUGCCGCCAUUGUUCUCAUCAGCCACUUCACCGCCGAACUCCCUCAGAUCUGGUUCUUCCACCCCAUCGCUACCUACCUCGGCAUGGACUACGGCGUGCCUUUCCCUCCUGUAUGGAAGAUGGCUCUCCAAAUCGCUAUUUGCUUCGUGAUGGAGGAUGCUUGGCACUACUGGUUCCACCGUGCUCUGCACUACGGUCCCCUCUACAAGGCCAUCCACAAGAUGCACCACACCUACUCCGCUCCUUUCGGUCUCGCCGCUGAGUAUGCUUCGCCCAUUGAAACUGCUCUCCUCGGAAUUGGUGUCGUUGGAUGCCCAAUUGUCCUCCUUGCUAUUACUGGCGAGCUCCACCUCUUCACCAUGUACACCUGGAUCGUUCUCCGUCUUUUCCAGGCCAUCGACUCUCACAGCGGCUAUGACUUCCCCUGGAGUCUGCGCCACAUCCUCCCCGUCUGGGCUGGUGCUCAUCACCACGAUCUUCACCACGAGAAGUUCAUCGGCAACUACGCCUCCAGCUUCACCUGGUGGGACUACUGUCUGGAUACCGAGGCCGGUGCCGACGCUCACAAGCGCCGCCGCGAGAAGAAGCUCGCUGCCAUCAAGGCCCAGAAGCAGCAAUAG